GUUGAAAGUGUGCACAAAAGAGAUUCUUUGUCCGAAUCGAGGGCAGGCACGAUAUCGUUUUCUGAACAUGUAACUAACAACACUCGCCCAAGGACUAUAGAUACCGCACCCCCAGCUUUCGGGUUUGACUUCUAAGAUAUCAAGCAGAUACUUGAGAAUUCAAUUCAAGAGUACACUGAGGCUAAAUUUCUACAUUCAGAUAGCAAUUUACCAAAAAUAGUACCAACCUAGAAUAAGCACAAAAUGUCUUCCAGAAUACUACAAGAGCGGGAAGAGGAGAAAAUCACUACAGAUUUGUUCCAAGACUUGUUCAGAACUUCACUACAACGCCAAGAUGAAAAUCAAGUCAACAAGGUCGGCGAAGGAGAGACGAGUCUCUUCGUCACCCAAAACGAGGAUAUUCAACAUUCGAUCUACAGUGAGAUUCUGGCACCAGAAACUGAAGGAUCGACAGAUGAUUUCGAUUUCAGCCUUUACGCAAGAUAUCCAACCUAUACAGUCGAGGCUCUUGGUGAGAACAUACACCAAAUUGAAUCCAUUACAAUGCCAUCCAGAAUCAUUCCAGGUUUCGAUCAGGGUACACGACCUAGCAUGGCCCUCCUGCAAUACCUCAGAGAAUGGCAUCAAGAGCACGAGGAACCCUUUCCUUUUCAUAAGCUGACACACUGCAUUAUCGAAGAUCCUUCUUGUAUCCCCGCAUCCACAGGCCAUAGAUUGUUCUCAUCUGAUUAUUGUACAUAUGUACGUCAACAAGUCGUAGAAUUUUUUCGAGAAGAAAAUCGACGACACCCUGAAGUCAGGAUUCCCAGAGUGAUUGCUUACUCCCAGAAAACAGGAACUGGCAGAUGCAGCGAUUGCAUUGCAGAAAUCAGACGAAGACGGCUAGGACGAUUGUUAGGACAUUAGUUAGAAGAGGGCAGUUCCAUCUUCUGACUGUGUCUCGCAUUUCAAAUCCCCGAUCUAUCAGCCUGUGUUUCAGCCUUGAGCAUCUUUCCUUACUAUUUCAUAGGCUCCCAUUAUCUUUCCUUACUCUUUCCUUGGCUCCGAGCAACCUUUGUUACUAUUCCCUUGCCUUCUUUGAGUCACAAUUCAUUUCCUUUUCCAUCAUUACAAUCUUUUCUGUGCCCUUGAUUUUUCCUCCGACUUUCUUCUCCUGUAUAUCAAAACAUAGUGACCUUGAUAUGAAGUGAUGCUGAUACUGUGCCUAAGUUGAAGCCCCGUUGUAAGAUGUGAAUAACAUGCAGAAAACAACAACUCAAAACAGCUUAAGGGGCGCGAAGGCUUCGCCAUAACAUGCGUCCACUCACAAAUCCUGUCAGAUAACCGAUCAAAAAGAAACUUCACUCCAAAUCGGUCUCUUUGCAAGGUCUUAAUUCUAAUGAUUAUCUGAGUACAUCAUCAUUCCCUUGAGCAUCAUUACUGAUUCGGAACAUGUGUUAUGGUUCAUUCCAAUAAAUUGAAGAGCCGGCUUGAAGAUAAUAAAAGCAUAUCUGAUUGAAAUCCGCGCAGAACCCA